CUUUGUCUUAAACGGCCUAUAAAUACCAAUCUUUAUGCCCUAAGUUUCACAUCUCAUGAAUUUUAACACCUUCUUUCUCCUAUAUCAUACGUGAGAAGUGUCCAUGAAGAGACAGAGAGAAGAGAGCGUAGAUUUGGCAAAUUGUCUAGUGCUACUCUCCCAUCCCACAGAAAUCAAACCCCACAAACUUUUCCGUCCUGAGGAAUUUGAGUGCAGAACCUGCAACCGUAAGUUUUCUUCGUUUCAAGCUCUUGGCGGCCACAGGUCCAGCCACAAAGCGCCCAAGCAAGACUUGAAAGAAGAGGAAAAAAUUCUGAGAUUGGGAAAUGAGACCAAAAAGCACGAGUGCUCCAUUUGUGGUCAAAAAUUCUCUCUGGGUCAGGCACUGGGAGGACACAUGAAAAGGCACAGAAUUGCCCUAAACGAAGGGUUUUCUUCAAUAAAUCAGUCUCUGGUAAAGGUCCCGAUUCUGAAAAGGUCGAAUACUACGAGGGUUAUGUGCUUGGACUUGAACUUGACCCCUCUGCAGAAUGAUUUGAAGCUAUUGUUUGGCGAUAAAGCACCCAGAGUUGAUUCCUUCGUCUGAUCAAUUCUUCUCACGUCAUGUUUGGUUGAACUAUUUCGUUACUUGUGAUCUUUUUUCUGUUUUUCU